UCUUCGAUUCGAUCAGCCAAUACGUAGACGAUCAAAAACAAAUCAUCACCCGCUACGUCAUCGUCACUGAAACCACAAACCAAGAAAAUCCCAAGCUCCCAUUAUCUCUCACUAUAAAUACAUACACAUCCACCACCUCAUCAAUCACCAAAUAUUAAACAAAAUAUUUAUUAUCUCUCUGAAGCAUUUUAACAAACACCUAGGAAGCAAAAAUGGCAGCCAAAUUAUUACCAGAAGAAGAGCAUCCUAGACCCGCUUUUGGAUGGGCUGCAAGAGACCCAUCUGGUGUUCUGUCUCCUUUCAAAUUUUCAAGAAGAGCGACAGGAGAAAAAGAUGUGUCGUUUAAGGUUCUGUAUUGUGGGAUGUGUCACUCUGAUCUUCACAUGGUCAAGAAUGAAUGGGGCGCUUCUGUUUACCCUCUUGUUCCUGGGCAUGAGAUUGUGGGAGUGGUGACAGAGGUAGGGAGCAAGGUAGAAAAUUUCAAAAUCGGAGACAAAGUGGGAGUCGGCUGUAUGGUGGGAUCAUGCCGAUCAUGCGAUAAUUGCAGCAACGAUCUUGAAAAUUACUGUUCGAAAAUGAUACUAACCUAUGCAGGCAAAUACCACGAUGGAACCAUCACUUACGGAGGCUAUUCAGACAUAAUGGUAGCUGAUGAGCACUUCAUUGUCCGUAUUCCGGAAAGUCUUCCGCUUGACGCAACCGCUCCGCUUUUAUGCGCUGGGAUCACAGUGUACAGUCCUUUGAAAUACUACGGACUAGAUAAAGCCGGUAUGCAUAUAGGUGUGGUUGGGCUCGGUGGACUAGGUCACAUGGCUGUCAAAUUUGCUAAAGCUAUGGGCGCUAAGGUGACUGUCAUUAGUACCUCUCCGAACAAGAAACAGGAGGCUACCGAACGUCUUGGUGCCGACUCGUUUAUAGUCAGCCGUGACCAAGAUGAGAUGCAGGGAGCAAUGGGGACAAUGGAUGGUAUCAUUGAUACAGUAUCAGCAAAACACCCUCUUAUGCCAUUAAUCAGUCUAUUGAAGACUAAUGGAAAAAUAAUUUUGGUUGGUGCACCGGAGAAGCCAUUAGAGCUACUGGCAUUUCCUUUGCUUGGGGGAAGGAAGAUGGUUGGUGGCAGCGGAAUUGGAGGAAUGAAGGAAACUCAAGAAAUGAUUGAUUUCGCAGCCAAACACGGCAUAACUUCAGAUGUUGAAGUUAUAUCAGCUGAUUAUGUGAACACUGCAAUGGAGAGAUUGCUUAAAGCUGAUGUUCGAUAUCGGUUUGUCAUCGAUGUUGCCAAUACUAUGAAGUCUCCUUCGCAAUGAUCUUCGCACAGUUUGGGUGUUUCAACUGUUUGCAAUAUGUUUUUAGUUACUAUAUAUUUAUGAGUGUUGAGAUGAUGUUAAAUUUGAAUUCCACUUUUGGUUUUUGAAAUAAAGUUAAGAAGGAUGUCCUGUUUGUGAGUGUUAUUGGUAUUGCAUUGAAUUUUCAGUGA